UUCUGCCCUUUUCUAAAUUUCGCUUGAGCGUUUUUGAAUCUUUCGUGUAGUGUUCUUGAGUUCUUUUGAACAUUCCUCAAUCCUUGAGACUUGUUUUUAACUCUUUGAAGUCCCAAGAUUUUCAUCCAAAGGAUAGAGAUCAAGUUGUUUCUCGAUACACGUCUUGUUGUAUCUUGUUACACCCAGUUCUAUAUAUGCCUCAAUCUUGUUGUUUAUUUUUUUUUAAAAAUGAAUGAUUCUCAGUGAAAAAGAGUUGUUAUAACAGAGAGACAAUAUUGGCGAGGGGGAGCUUGUGCGACAUACAGACGCUUCAAGUUAAAAUGGAGCCUGAGAAACACACAGAUAUGGUCGAGAAGAAGGCCUCAAUAGAGGUGGAGGGUAGCAGAGAAGCCCCGGAAAAGAUCAACAAGAUUGCUUUACUUUGUGCUGUGGUUGGCUCAAUUAUAUCCAUUAUAUUUGGCUAUGAUACUGGUGUGAUGAGUGGAGCCAUGAUCUUCAUCAAAGAAGAUCUCAAAAUCAACGAUGUCGAAGUCGAAGUACUAGCCGGAAUUCUCAACAUUUGUGCUCUAGUGGGAUCUCUAGCAGCUGGAAGAACCUCUGAUUAUAUCGGUCGGCGUUACACUAUUGUUGUAGCCUCCAUAAUUUUCUUAAUAGGGUCAAUUCUAAUGGGGUAUGCUCCAAACUAUCCUGUGCUGAUGACUGGAAGAUGCAUUGCUGGCUUAGGUGUAGGCUUUGCACUUAUGAUUGCGCCAGUUUACUCUGCAGAAAUUUCAUCUCCAGCAACCAGAGGCCGUCUAACCGCUCUGCCAGAGCUUUGCAUAAGUCUUGGCAUCUUACUUGGUUACGUUUCAAAUUAUGUUUUCGGAAAACUGUCAUUGACACUUGGAUGGAGACUGAUGCUAGGCAUUGCUGGAGUUCCUUCAAUUGUUUUGGCAUUUGGGAUUGUCAAAAUGCCAGAGUCGCCAAGGUGGUUGGUGAUGCAGGGCAGGCUAGCAGAGGCCAAGAAAAUUUUGUAUCUAAUUUCUAACACCAAAGAAGAAGCUGAGUCUCGUUUUUGUGAUAUCUUGGUUGCUGCUGGAAUUGAUGAAAAUUGUAACGAAGAUGUAAUUGAGGUUCCCAAAAGCACCAAGGGUGAAGGGGUUUGGAAAGAACUACUUUUGAGGCCAACUCCGCCCGUCCGUCGGAUUCUAAUCGCAGCCAUCGGAAUCCAUUUCUUUGAGCAUGCCACAGGGAUAGAAGCUGUUGUGUUAUAUAGUCCAAGAAUUUUCAAGAAAGCUGGGGUUAGAAGCAAAGACAAGUUGUUGCUUGCCACAGUUGGGGUUGGUGUUACAAAGACUUUGUUCAUAUUGGUAGCCACAUUUUUGCUUGACAAAGCUGGCAGGAGGCGCUUAUUGUUGACAAGCACUGGUGGCAUGAUCGUGGCUCUAACAGGAUUAGGGUUUUGCUUGACAAUGGUAGAGCACGCCAAAGAGCAGCUUACUUGGGCACUAAGCUUGAGCAUUGUGUCAGUUUAUGUGUUUGUGGUUUUUUUCUCAAUUGGGCUUGGGCCCAUAACUUGGGUUUACAGCAGUGAGAUUUUCCCUUUGAAAUUGAGGGCACAGGGAACAAGUAUCGGGGUGGCUGUGAACAGACUUACGAAUGCUACAAUUUCUAUGAGUUUCCUUUCAAUUUAUAAGGCAAUUACCAUUGGAGGGGCCUUCUUUAUGUUUGCAGGCAUGGCUGUCUUGGCCUGGAUCUUUUUCUAUUUCUGCUUGCCGGAGACCAAGGGGAGAUCAUUGGAAGAGAUGGAAAUGGUUUUCAGCAAAAGCAAAGAUACUAAUAAGUCUAGAAAUGGUAUUGUAUGAAUGCAAUCAAGAAUUUAUGUACUCUAAGCCAGCGGGGUAUAGCUCAGUUGGUUGAAUUUUUCCACCUCCACCCAUGUGGACAGAGAUUGGAAACCCCAAGGCACCCAAUAAAUAUUGGUGUAAACUCCUC